AUGGACCCUCAAAACCCCCAAGCGGCGCAACAGACUCGUCAAAGACCUGUCUAUGAUCCCAGCCAAGGUGGACAUUACGGCUUCGCGCCAAGUGAGCUGUAUACUGGUCCCUGGGCCAAUGCCCAUCAAGGUCUAACCGGCCAGUACAAAGACAUUCUCACGACCUACUGGCAACAUACCAUCUCACACCUCGAAAAUGAUAGCCAUGAUUACAAGAUCCACCAACUCCCGCUGGCCCGUAUCAAGAAGGUCAUGAAGGCCGAUCCCGAAGUCAAGAUGAUUUCUGCUGAAGCGCCCAUUCUCUUCGCUAAAGGAUGCGAUAUCUUCAUCACAGAGUUGACAAUGAGGGCAUGGAUUCAUGCCGAGGAGAACAAGCGCAGAACUCUUCAGCGCUCCGAUAUUGCAUCUGCAUUGGCAAAGUCUGACAUGUUCGACUUCCUGAUCGAUAUUGUUCCUCGUGAAGAGGCCUCUUCCCACGCCAAAAGGGCGACUCAGACUGCUGCUGCUCAACCAUUGCCAGCUGGUCAGGCUCAGAUGCCAGGACAGCAUCCCAUGGCACAGGCGCCCAACCCAGGUCAUCCAAUGGGUGCGGAAUACAUGCCUAGCCAUGGCAUCGCUCCUGAGCAAGACUAUCGCAACCCGGCCAACAUGUACCCUGACCAGUCAGUGCCCAAUCCUCAGGCCGCUUAUGGGCAAGCCCAGCAGCCCAACAUGAACCCUUACGGAGCUAUGGGUGACAUGUACCCGUAUCCCGGCAUGGCACCUCAGCAACCUACAAUGCCUAACGAAGAAUUUGGAGAGCAGUAG